AUGGGAGAUAAAUGGGUUGCGGAUCUAACGCAGUUCAAGACCAACUGGGUGAAACCAUAUCUGGAGGUAGCGCCGUACGUUAUCGUUGUCUUCAAGCAGAAUGCUGGUCUGGUAAGUUUGACGAGCACACCACUGAAUGCCGGACCGGCUCUGCGCAAAGCUCUGGACAGGCCAGCGUACGAGAAAGUUCUCGUUGUAAUGCCUGUCGGUUACCCGGCAGAUGACGCCACUGUGCCAGAUUUAACGCGGAAGCCACUCGCUGACAUAAUGAUGCAUAUUGCUCCCUAG